CAAAACUCGUAUUGCUGACGUGUGUUCGUUGCAAAACGACAGCAGUGUUUGCACGCAAACACACACGCACUCUUCUUUCUGUUUGAUCGAGGGUGUGGUGGUGUGUGGUGGUCUGCGUGUUGACACAAUCAGGUGGCAGCACGCUGCAGCUGCUGCACGCGAUCUCUUCCCCUCCCCUUUCAAGCUGCCGCAUCAGCCGCGUCAGCAACAGGAACAGCAACAGCAAGUCGUGAGUGUGAGCCAUGGGUGAUGUAGUGCAGAGAGAAGGACAACAACACCAACUACAUCAACAAGUACAACAACCACGACAAGCACAUCAACAACAACAACCACAAGUCGAACAACAGCACCAACAACAAUACCAGGACCGCACGGGCAUGUUGAACGGAUCCGGCACAGCCAACGCAAGUGCGCCGCUACGUGAUGGUGGUAACGCCAAGGAUGCCGAUGUGAUGUCGUUCGGCCUCCAUUGCUGGCAUCGCCUCCAACCUUUAUUGCACGACACGAACGUGAGCGAGGUCGUGUUUCGCACGGCCGCAAACGUCCACCUCUACCAGCCAUACACCCACCUCAGCGACACGCGCGUUGAGCAGGCCUUUCACAACUUGCAGGAGCAGCUCUCCAACGUCCCCACCGACCGCCAAGCAGCCGCCAUCACCCUCGCGGGAGAAGCCAACAGCGGCGCGUUAAAGUUUGAGGCGCACGACACGGCCGAGGAUCGAUUGGAUAAGCUGCGCCACUACAUCACCGACCUCUCCCACGAGUACUUUGCGUCCCACUGGCACGCCUCCCGCGCCUUCUUCAGGGCGAACCGGCAGACCUUCCUGCACAUCCAGGAGCGGUUUGGUCCCCGCCGCGAUCCAUCUUCGCGCCUCGCCCCGCUCGACCGCACCGUAUCCGCCCCUGUCCUCGGUCGCGGCCUCUCCCCAGCCUCCAUCUCAUCAGCGUCCCCAUCGCCGUCCCCUCGUUCGUCCGUUCGAUCGUUUGCAGUGCUGCGCACCCCGACCACAGCCGCGUGCAUGGUGGCAUCCACGUGCGACGCGCGGGACAGCACUGCACCCGACAACAACAACAAUAACAACAGCAGCAGCAACAACAACGACGACGACGACGACGACAGCGUGCAACCGACUAUCACAGACCGCCACCCCACAGCCAACGACGCAGCGACAGACAGUGUUGCAGCAUCGUCAUCGGCACCAGCACUGCUAUCGCUGCGCAAGACGGUGAGCGCGCCCACACGGCGAUCGCCACGACUGCAACUGCAGCGUGAGAGGAGGGGUGAGACGCGAUCUCCAAGCACAGCGGCAACGAGAGCGGCACCGCCUGCUGGUCGUGGUGAUGCGAGUGAUGCAGGCGAUGCGCGCAUGCUCGACCAAGAGCCAUGUGGUGUUCUGAUGGUGGAGGAGGACGCCGAACAGAGACGAGCGUACACCAACAAUGACAGCAGCAGCCAUGACAAUGACGACAGCAGUAUCGAGCAAGGUGGACGAUGGAUAGAGGACGGAAGUGCAGGCGGUGGGGGUGUCAACAGCCAUACUGCUGCAAGCCAUGUCGGUGAAUUCGGAAUCACGGUUGCUGGCGACAAGGACAGGCAACGUUCAAGUUGUACGGCAGCCACCGCCGGAGCAGCACCACCCACAACGAAGCGAGCGAAGAUGGGAGCGAUGACAAACGCACAGGAGAACACCACGGCCACUGAAGACAGCAGUGCCACUCGUACCGGCUCCACAUCCUCUUUCCCUUUCGCAGCUGCCGCCAACCAGCAGGCACGCCAAGGAUCCACGUCUGACACAACCACGUGCACCAUCAACACAGCCAAGAGCAGCAGCAACCACCACAACAACCUCAACCUCAACCUCAACCUCAACCACGAUGGUUGUGCUCCCCACCACCACCAUCACCACCAUCAUCGUCGUCGCCAUCACCCCCCUUCGGCCACCAACGCGACACCACCACCGGGCAAUGGUGUGCGCGAGUUUGUCACGGCGUCCUCUGUGACCAUGCGCACGUGGUCGCGAGCUGUCACCGUCGUCAGCGAGCUGGACGAACUUGAAGAGAUUUCAACACGCCACCGCGUGUGCAUCCUCCUCUUUGCCGCAGACUACUGCAACAGCUGCCGCUCUCUCAAGCCAGAAUACCAGAAGGCUGCAGAGAUGUCAUCCCUGUCAUUGCCGCCCACCGCACCUUCGCGCACACACACCAUCAGCGCCGCAACCACCAACAACAACAGCAGCAGCAACAGGGAUGCUGUGGCGUGGCUGGUGGUGCUCGGGCCGGACAGCAGUGCAAUUCGCGAUAAGUUUGGCAUCAAGCGAUAUCCGACCAUCCUCCGCAUCGCAGACGGCGCCGUCGACGUGAAGCGAUCCAGCACGUGUCCGCGCACGGCUGCGGCGCUGCUUGCGUUCGCGCACGGCGACCACGGCCCGUUCAGCCCCGUGGACGACGUGACGAACGACACGCAUCUUGACGAGUCGAUGGACGUGUCUGACUGGCGGCGGGCCCUGCUCAGGAGCGGCAUCGACCAACUCGACGAGCUGGAGCGUGAUCGACAAGCAGCAGAGGCGCACUACCAUCAGACAAUUCACGAAGACGCGAGCGUUGCAUGGGAUGUUGACGAUUCCCUGGCUGCUCUCUCCGCAUAUGCAGCACUUCCAACAACAGCGACAGCGAUGAUGACAACGGCAGCAGAAACGGAAGCACGGGCGGCUGCGCGGGUGCUGUCUGCAUUCCGUGCAGAUGCUGACAAGUUGAAAGCGUCGCCGCUUGCACACAGCGCCACCAGUCAUCCACCACCACCACCACCACCAGCAGCAGCAGCAGCAGCAGGAACAACAACAGCAGCAGCAGGAACAACAACAGCAGCAGGAGGAGGAGGAGGAAAGACAACAGAUUCAGGGGCAGUGAUGAGAGCAGCACCAUCAUCUCACGUCGUGUCGCCCCCGCCGUCGGUGUGUGGUCGAGGACAGACAGCCAGCACCAGCAGCAGCACAUCUGUCGCUUCAAGCACAUGGAGCAGUGGCAGUGGCAGCAGCGUUGAUGGCGACCAACAACAACAACAACAACGACAACAACAACACGAUGGGCCAUCACCGCCGCCGCCACCGCCACCGUGCGAGCAGGCGCCAUCCAUUGUCUCGUCCGUCGUGACACCGCCCUGCUGCCGCAUCAAGGGAAAUGUUCCCCACAUCGUCUUCACCGGCGGCGGUAUCGGCUCAGGCAAGUCGAGUGCAUUACGACAGCUGCACGCGUCGCCGCUGUGGUCGCAGUGCGGACCACGCUUCCUGCACAUCGAAGCAGACGCACUCAAGGACAAGGACCCACUCUUCAAAGCACUCAAGGGUGUGGGCCAGUCGCGAGCGAGCGAGGUGGUGCACCAUCAGUCAACGCGCACCGCAGAGGGAAUGCUCGCUGUCGCCGUUGCGCAGCGCCGCCACAUUGUGUUUGACAGCACAAUGAUGUGGCGCCCCUUUGUUGAGCAGACGGUGGCCAUGUUGCGGGACUGCGAGCACGAGUACCGCCGCGGCCCCGGUUAUGUCGUCGGCAGUGGUGGCGGUGUGACGGAGACGUACUGGGAGCAGGUCAAGGAUGCGACGACGAAGCGACCGUAUCGGCUGACGAUGUUGGCUGUCACGGCGCCGCCGCACGUCGCUGUUCGCCGCGCAAUUCUUCGCUGGAUCGUCACUGGCAGAGCCCCGUCGCCAACGCGGCAGGUGCUUGCGUCGCACAAGAUGUUCUCUGCAAACUUCCGCGCAUAUGCGCGCAUGUUCGACGAGAUUCUCCUGUUUGACAACGGGGACGAUAGCGACGACAGCGUUGACAUCAUGCAUGUGCUGCCGCCGACGCUCCACUACCUCAUCUCAACAUCACACGACGUGCCGUGUACUGCGAAACUGAUUGCUGUGAAGAGCGUUGAUGACUCGGACGUUCGCGUGGUUGACAUCGACGCAUAUGUCCGGUUUUUGAAGAAAGCGGACCUAAACCCCGCCGCCACAUGUGCGCACGAGGUGUUUGAGCAAGCGUGA